CCAACCGUUUCGCUUCUUAUUUCCUUUUUUGGAUCCUGUCAAGAUGGCGGAUCGUAGGAGGCAGCGCGCUUCGCAGGAUAGCAGCGAGGAGGAUGAGUCCGACUCGCCGCCUGGAAGCGCAGGUUCUUCCCCACGCAGCGGCAGUCACCGCUUUGGCUUAGCCGGAGAGGCAAGCAGCGGAGGUGCUGCUGCUGGUACUGAAAACGUGGAGGCGCCAGUGACGGUGGGAGGUAGCCCGGCCGACUCGGAGUGUGAAAGUGAAGAUGGCAUAGAAGGAGAUGCUGUACUCUCUGACUAUGAAAGUGCUGAGGACUCUGAGGCUGAGGAGGGAGAAUACAGUGAAGAGGAAACAACUAAAGUGGACUUAAAGCGGGACAGAAAUGACACUGAAUUGAGAACAAAAGCAGACAAAGGGGAUGAGAAACCAGAAUCAAAAGGCACAGUUGCAGGCGAAAGGCAGAGUGGGGAUGGGCAGGAAAGCACUGAACAAGUUGAAAACAAGGUUGGUAAAAAACUUCCUAAGCAUCUAGAUGAUGAUGAAGACCGGAAGAACCCAGCAUACAUUCCUCGCAAAGGUCUUUUCUUUGAGCAUGACCUCCGUGGACAGACCCAGGAAGAAGAAGUCCGACCUAAGGGUCGCCAGCGUAAGUUGUGGAAAGAUGAGGGACGGUGGGAACAUGACAAGUUUCGAGAAGAUGAGCAAGCACCAAAAACCAGACAAGAGCUGAUUGCUCUUUAUGGAUAUGAUAUCCGCUCUGCACACAACCCUGAUGACAUCAAGCCCAGGAGGAUGCGCAAACCAAGGUUUGGGAGUCCACCACAGAGAGAACCCAACUGGUCCAGUGAACGACCAAGUAAGCCACCACGACACCAGAGUGUAGACAGUUCUUCUGUGGCACCUCGGACAUUCAUUAAUCGAAACUCAGCAGGGACAGGACGGAUGGCCACUCCAAGGGCAUUCCCCAAACCCAGUGGCUAUAAAGAGACUCGCCCAAGCUAUCGAGCUGUAGAUGUAAAUAGUCAACAUGCGCCUCGCUUCAGUGAACAGUCAAAGCCUGAGAGCAGUUACCGGACCAGACGAUCAGAUCCAAUCCCAGCACGGGAGCCUUCUCCCAAGUCUGAGAUACCACAUACUGAAAAAAGCCCUGUUAAAAAAGAAGAAGUUGUUUUGGAAAAUCAAACUCCACCUGCAGAUGUUCUACAGACACAACCAGAUAGGCCUGUGGAAAAGAAAUCCUAUUCUCGGGCAAGGAGGAGUCGGAACAAAGCAGGCGAGACAGGAAAAUUGGCAGAUGAAAUUCCACCUCCAUCAGGGUUGAUGCCAGCACCAUUAAAAACUGCUGAUAUUAUACCAUCUCCUUCUCCAGCUAAGACUGGUAAUUGGGAGGUGCCUGUUGAGGCAAAUCUGGAUGGUCUUGAACAAGACAUGACUCAGUUGAAUAUGACAGAACAAAACUGGAAUCAAGGGCAACCCCAGUUCAUACAACCACAGGGUAUGCCUAAUCAGAUGCACAUUGGAGCAGCCCCACCUCCUCAGUUCAACAGGAUAGACGACAUGGGGGUUCAAGGUGGGCGUGCAAAGCGCUACUCAUCUCAGCGUCAGAGGCCUGUCCCAGAGCCUGCUCCACCAGUCCACAUAAGCAUAAUGGAAGGGCAUUACUAUGACACAUUACAGUUCCAAGGUCCAAUUUAUACACACGGUGAAAAUCCUCCCCCGCUUCCUCCCCAAGGAGUAAUUGUUCAACCAGAAAUGCAUCUCCCACAUCCAGGAUUACAUCCACAUCAGACACCUGCACCUUUGGCUAACCCUGGCUUAUACCCUCCUCCUGUCUCCAUGCCCCCUGGACAGCAGCCACCACCUCCACCUCCGCAACAGCUGUUAGCACCAACCUACUUCUCCCCUCCUCCUGGAGUAAUGAAUUUUGGCAAUCCCAGUUACCCCUACCCUCCAGGAGCACUUCCACCUCCCCAUCUGUAUCCUAACGCUCAAGCCCAAUCUCAGGUGUAUGGAGGGGUCACCUAUUACAACACAGUCCAGCAACAAGUACAACCCAAACCUUCACCACCCCGAAGAACCUCCCAGCCGGUCACUAUCAAGCCACCCCCUCCUGAGGAUGGCAGAAAUGAAAAAUCCAAAGAAAGGAGCAACAUUUAGAAUUCUGCAUCUUGCUGAUUUCAUAGAGUACCAGAGCUGGCCCUGUGGAAGACAGAAGACAGCUCCUUUGUGGAACCUCUCCUCUCUUUUCCCUUGGUAAUGAAUGAUGCACCUGGGUGCAGAUACUUCUGCUAGGCCAGGCCAUAUCAGUAUCAAAACCGAGGCAAGAUGUCUGUCAGAAGGGUACCAGCAAAAUCAGAUAUCUUUGCAGUCCCUUUUUUUCUGGUACAUCGUUCGAUGGAAGAUUUAUCUGCUCGCUGACAGAGGAGCAGUUCUAUUCCUUUCUAAAUGUGACAGUUUUCAAGUGUCAGGCUAAAACUAUUCAAUGCAUCCCUCUGUUCGUUUCCCAUCUGAUGUACCUGUCCCUCUUUCUUUCUGUUCUGUUUAACUGGCCUUGUUAACUUGAGUUAUAUGAAUUUGUUUUCCUUGGCUGUAUUUUUUUCCCAACAGUACAAUUUUAAAAUAAGUCAUGCUAGGACAAAUUUUUGUUCAUUUCUUGAGAUUGAGAUUAUCGAGGGCAUGGGUCACCUUACCUGAAAACCAUAAUGACAAAAACAUUUGUCAGUUUUUCAGGAAACAAACUUUAGUUCAUAAAGAGACCCAGUGGCAAAGAUCUACUUAACAUUUUUUCUAUGAGCUGUCCCCCCACCAAAUCUUUUACAUGUGCAAGAUUAAGCAUUUAAGUAGUUGGUGCCCUACAAUAACCUUAAAAGAUAGACAUUUCAUGCUCAAACCGAUCUCUGGUGCAUUGUUUAGAAGGCAUAAAAGGUGUUUGCUCCUUGUACAGCACUAUCCGUUCUUCAAAGCUCUAAAUCAGUGUUUCUGAACCAUGGCAACUUUAAGCUGUGUGGACUUCGACUCCCAGAAUUCCCCAUGCUGGCUGAGAAUUCUGGGAGCUGAAGUCCACACAGCUUAGAGUUGCCAAGGUUGAGAAACACUGUUCUAAAUGAUGCCUCACAGUCAGUCUUUUUCUUGCCUGCCUUUGCAGCUUAUGGUUUCCUUGUCAGGCUGCAUGGCUUCCACUCACCUCUUGUAAUCCUCCUAAACUUUGAAUGUACUUAAUUUGCUUACAAAACCAUAUUAGGAAAUGACCACCUUGUAGCCAUUUGGGCAGGCAGAAAUUGAUUGGCAUUGAAUUAACCUUUGGUGAUGUUUUCAGAAGACAUCCUGGAUCUGUCUGCUUUUUUUUUUGGUGCAUGUGUAAAUUCCUGCUUGGGGUGUACCAGGGCCUAUUUUUGUUUUAAAAAAAUUGAUUCUAUUAAUUUUAAAAAGCAAACAAGUUCAGUUAGUGUUUGAAGAAAAGCCCUGUAUGUUGAAAAUAUAUUUGGGGUUUUUUUCUGCCUUAAUGUUUAAAUGUAUUCUUUUAACAUCAGUCUUGAAAUCUUAGACCUAAGGACACUGUGAUAGCUAAUUCUUGUUAAUAAAUAUUUUUUUUUACCUGUUAAAAAA